AUGGUUGUGCAAUUUGCAUUCCACAUAAUCAUUUUGAUGAUAGUAGGGCUCAUAUAUCCAUUGGCAUCUGCACAGAAUAUAAUCACGACACAAUCUGGUUGUGAUUAUUACAGUUGUGGAAUUGGGAUACCUUACCCGUUUGGAAUAGGUGAUCCCAAAUGCUAUGCAGACAAGUGGUUUGAAAUAGAAUGCAGAAACACUUCUCAAGGUGAGAUACCUUACCUGAAAUCUCUAAAUCUGGAAGUGACAUCCAUUGAUGACAGUAACAGCAAGGUUAACAUCAUGAAUCCAGUUUUCAGUUGGAACUGCAAAAGCAAAGAUUCUCGGCCAAUCAUAGACCUUAAAGGAAGCCCUUUCGUGUUUUCCAAGGAUGAUAACAAGUUCACUGCCAUUGGUUGCAAUAAGAUUGCGUUUUUGCAAUCAAAUGGAUCACAAGUUAGUGGGUGCGUUUCCGUUUGUGACGAGUACGACAACGAACAAGUUAACAAUAACAUCGACUUCGGAAGCGAUGGUUGUCUUGGUAGGUUCUGUUGCCAGACAUCACUACCUGAGUAUCUUUCGGAAUUUAAUGUAACACUCGAAAACCUGAGCAACAGAAGCGUGAGUGAUGAGUGUAGUCACGCGCUGAUUGCAACAGAAUAUUGGUACCGAGUACCCUUUGGGAAUUCUUACGAGUAUCGAAGUUUUCGUGACUUGGAUGUGAGUUAUGUUCCUGCGGUGCUUGAUUGGGUGAUUCUGAACUCGUCCAUGAAAGUCGACCAUGCAGGUGCCAACUGCACUAUCGUUCCAUCUUCAUUGUACAGACCCUCAGGUUGGAGAUGUGAGUGCUCCCUAGGCGCCUAUGGCGAUCCAUACAUUACUGGAGGCUGUGUUGCUAUAUCAGGAUUCUUUGAUACGAAUAGUCAAGCGAGGAAGAGGGCUAUAGUAGGAGUUUUGUCAAGCAUCGGAUCCAUCAUUUUGUUUUUUGUUCUAUGGUUGUUGCAUAAAGUUGUAAGGAAAAGAAUGAUAAAGAAACGCAAAGAAAAAUUCUUCAAAAAAAAUGGUGGUCUGUUGUUACAGCAAAGAAUGUCUUCUGGUGAAGUUAAUGUCGACCAAACUAUUCUCUUCAGCUUAAAGGAAUUAGAAAAGGCCACUGACAACUUUAAUACGAACAGAGUUCUUGGAAAGGGAGGCCAAGGUACCGUUUACAAAGGCAUGCUAGUUGAUGGUAGAAUUGUUGCUGUGAAAAAGUUUAAGGUCGAAGGAAAGGUUGAAGAAUUCAUCAACGAGUUUGUCAUCCUUUCACAAAUUAACCAUAGAAAUGUGGUUAGGUUGUUAGGAUGUUGUUUGGAGACAGAAAUCCCCUUGCUUGUCUAUGAAUUCAUUCCUAACGGUAACCUUUUCGAAUAUUUGCAUGAUGAGAAUGAGGUAUUACCAAUGACAUGGGAUAUGCGUUUGCGAAUUGCCACUGAAAUUGCAGGAGCUCUAUUUUACUUACACUCGCUUACAUCUCAGCCCAUUUAUCACAGAGACAUCAAAUCAACAAAUAUAUUGUUGGAUGAAAAGUAUAGGGCAAAAGUAGCAGACUUUGGAGCAUCCAGAAUAGUUUCCAUUGAAGCUACUCACCUCACCACAGUAGUUCAAGGAACUUUUGGAUACUUGGAUCCAGAGUAUUUUCAAACUAGUCAAUUGACAGAAAAAAGUGAUGUCUACAGUUUUGGAGUAGUUCUUGUUGAACUUUUAACAGGGAAGAAGCCAAUAUCCUCAACAAUAUCUGAAGAAACCAAGAGUUUAGCUUCAUAUUUUGUUCAGAGUAUGGAAGAGAAUCGUCUUUUUGACAUUAUUGACAAGAGAGUCACGAUGGAAGGGGACAAAGAACAUAUAAUUGCAGUUGCCAAUCUUGGAAAUAGAUGCUUAGAGUUGAAUGGAAGAAAACGACCAACUAUGAAAGAAGUCACUUUGGAAUUAGAAGAGAUCCGAAGAUUGGAUAGGAAGUCUAAUGCACAGCAAAACCCUGAAGAAAUUGAACUUGCUGGCAUUCAAGACUACCAACCUUGGGCUGAAUAUUCUACAUCAAAUUCAUUGACAACUCUAAGCAGCGCAACACUUUCCCGAGACACAGAUAUUAUGCAUAUUCUUCCAUUAAAAUAAUAGGUGAAUUCUGUUAAUUUAGUUCCGGUAAAGAAAAUAAUUUUCGUUGCAGACAUAUAACCUAAUCUCUACAAGCAUAGUUGUUGAGAAUUAUUUAUAUAAAACAUAACACUUUUCUGUCUUUUGUUUUUGGUAUUGAUCAUUGUAGCAUAUAUUAUAUACAGGAGGAUUA